GAACUUAUGUAUAGUGAUCCAAAGAGGUGGAGUUACUUGUUUGAGUCCUAUGUUCUUCUCACAAUGAUGCAAGUUCACCAUAGACCUCAGUAUAUCUAAGAACAUCACCAGAGAAAUGUAUGGAAAGGAUAAAGAAAAGGAGUAGAGAUGAAGAAAACUCAGUAUCAAUGGAACUUUUGAAUUCAUUACAUGAAAGAUAUGAAGAAUGGCUGGUGAAAAAGAACAAAUUCUCCCUUCCUGCUCCAGUAGUAGUGGUAGAUGGCAAUAAAAGCUUAAGUGAUAUGUUCCAGUUUUAUGAAACAAAUUCUCAGCUCCUUUUGGGUAUUAAUGCCUCAAAAACAGAAUAACAUCCAAAAUGAAUGCUUCAGAAAGUCUUAUUAGAAGUUGCCCAUGUGUAUUUGGAUAUCAUUGCAUUUUGUAAAUAUUUUUUGCUAAGCAUCUACAUAUGUACAAAUGUAAAAUCAGUACUUUCCAAGCCUUUCAGUAGUUUCUGCAACCUGUAGUGAGACAAUUUUCUUUCAUGGCAAGAUGGGAGCAUGGGCCAUCUCAUCAUUUAUGUACCUAAGAGAAGAGGGGUGAAAGCAGCCUAUAGUUGAAUCAGAAAAUUCAUUUUUAUCCCUUUUAACCUUCAAACAUCUUACAUCGUGGUAACUUUUUUCUACUGAUCAGUUGUAUAAGAGAAGGCUACUACAUAAAUAUUUAUGAAAACAGCAGUUUUUUAAGUCAUAUUUUGUAACCAGUAAUGCCAUAACUAUUUAAAACCAUGGAAUUUGUAAAGUUCUGUCACAUUUUUAUAAAUAAAUGUUUUGUUUAUGAAUUUUGGCAAAUAAAAUUUGAUUUAAAAUCAUAA